GGUGUUGUUGGUUGGAGAGAGACCGCUGACUGAACUUGUGAGGAGAGGAGAGAGGGAGCUAUGCGCUCUCUUCCCGGCAGAGUGCGUCCCGCUCCACACGCUCGCUCUCUCUCGCACUCGCAGUUCUCUCUCUCUCUCUCCCUUGCUCUCUCUCUUUCUCAUACUCACACACACACACACACACACACACACACACACACACAUACACACACACACACACAUCGGGGUCACUCUACUUCCCAGGCAGCGGACUGGUUUGUCUCCCGCACCUCCUGAACACAGCACAUGAGCAGUCUGAGGGACGUCAGCAGACCUUCUCCUACCUGUGCACCUUCAGCGUGCGUCAAAGGAACUCCGCUCUUUCUUUGUCUAUUUGUUUGAUCCGCGCUUCUCUGCCAGCUGCUUUUGGAUUACGGAGAAGAACAAGCGGCGUGGGCGCGUAACUCUCGAAGCCAUGGAAUUAUGGAUAAAGUUGAUGUUGCUGUACAGCUGCUGCUUUGGAGCAAGUGCAGACUUUGACGGCAGGUGGCCGCGGCAGAUGGCCUCAUCCAAUGGCCUGUGUCGAUACGGGGCCAGGGUGGACUGCUGCUGGGGAUGGACGCGCCGCUCCUGGGGUCACUGCCAGCCUCUCUUCGCCUUAACUCACAGAGUAGUCGGGAUAAGGUGCCAGCCCCAAGCUGUGUGCCAGCCUGGAUGUAAGCACGGAGACUGCGUGGGACCCAAUAAGUGCAAGUGCCACCCCGGCUUCACUGGCAAGACCUGCAAUCAAGACGAAGAGCUGGACUAUUUAACCCCACCAGUGUGGGCAAGUCACCUCCCUAUCUUUCUUCCCGUGGACCAUCAGCCAGCGAGAGUUGUGAUGGAGGACCUGAAUGAGUGCGGGCUGAAGCCGAGGCCUUGUAAACACAGGUGCAUGAACACAUAUGGGAGUUACAAGUGCUACUGCCUGAACGGCUACAUGCUGAUGCCUGACGGGACCUGUGGAAAUGCCCGCACUUGUGGCAUGGCCAACUGCCAGUACGGCUGCGAGGUGCUGAAGGGAGAGGUUCGGUGUCAGUGCCCGUCACCGGGGCUACAACUGGCUCCAGAUGGAAGAACCUGUGUGGAUGUGGAUGAGUGUGCAGCAGGAAUAGCUGUGUGUCCCAGGUUCAGGAAAUGCAUCAACACCUUUGGUAGCUACAUCUGCAAGUGCCAUGAGGGGUUUGACCUGCAAUAUAUCAAUGGGAAAUACCAAUGCAUAGACGUGGAUGAGUGCUCUUUAGGUCAAAGCCACUGCAGCAGCUUUGCCACCUGCUACAACACGCCGGGCUCAUACAAGUGCAAAUGCAAAGACGGCUACAGGGGGAUGGGCCACGACUGCAAACCCAUUCCUAAGGUGGUUAUUGACCCCCCGAGACCAGGCAAGCUGCCUCCAAACCAUCACAACCACAUCCCUGACUUGGAUCAGAGGAGGACCACCACCACCACUUCCACCACUACCCGCCGCCCACCAGUGAAUCCAAAGAGAAUCUUCCCCGUUAUCCCCAAAUCCACGACUGCCUCCACCACAACAACAACAACAACCACAACCAUGACCAAGGCACCUCUGCCACCAAAGAGGGUCACCCCACCUCCACGCAAGCCUUCAGUUCCCACCCGGAAGCCCUUCAUCCCCACAAGGAAGCCACCAAUACCCACACGCAAGCCCUACGUCCCACCAAGGCCAGUAGCUCCCACCAGACACCCCGCAACGCCACCACCGAUCACCCCUGUAGACAACACCAUCCAGAAGGAGGUCACCAAGCAGAGAGGGGACGUCCACAUCCCUCGGAACCACGGACACAACACCGUUCUCGGGAUCGACUUUGACAUUGAGCUCGGCAACACGGCAGAUGAAGCCAAAGACGACCCAGAGUCGGGGUAUCUGAGCUGCUCCUUUGAUGAUGGUCUUUGUGGCUGGAUCAGGGACAAAGACGGAGACCUGCACUGGGAGACGACGCCUGAUCCGUCAGGUGGACGGUACCUCACCAUUCCUGACGUUGGAAACAAGAGAAGUGGACGAGGGGCCCGGCUGGUCCUCCCACUCACCCCUCCCUGGAAUGAAGGCAAUCUGUGCCUGUCGUUCCGGCACAAGCUGGCAGGCCACCACGUGGGCAUGCUGCAAGUGUUUGUGAAGAAGGGGAAGCAGUACAGUCCAGCAGUGUGGGGCCGGACAGGUGGAAAUGGCUGGAGGCACACCCAAAUCACAUUAUGGGGCACAGGUCUUGAAAGUGUGAUCCUGAAGGGGGAGCGUGGGCGAGGCAGGAGCGGCGAGAUGGCCGUGGACGACAUCACCCUGAGGAAAGGCUCCUGCACAGAGGAGCACAAUCUGAGAAGACUCUAACUGACAGAGCAGGGAAAAAAAGGCAGAAAGAAAACAAGAGGGAAAAAUCAUCUCAAAGAGAACUGACUCUGUUUUGACACCCCCUCACUCUGCCUGGGCUCUCGCCGAUCCCUCCCCCAACCCAGACCUCCUCCCGAGCCAUCCUGUGAACGAUAUUCUAAAAAUUGUGCGUCUGCAGAACAGUGGGUUUCUCUUUCUCUGCGCUGUCCAUGAAUAAAAGGACUGAACCAAAUCUCAUGGGCGGAUCCCAGCAGCACACUCCUGUCUUCUCAGCCUCCCUCUCACUCCAUCACCUUGUUACUAUGAAACCUGCAUGUACCUACUUACCAUGGAAAUGUCCUCCACCUAACUCAGCCCUGGCAGCCUUCCAGCCACACAGUUGCUUCAUUUCUUCCUGGAGAGAGGAUCAUUCCCUCACUUCGGAUUCUCCUUUUUCCUUGCUUUGAUCCUUUACACCACAAGCCAUUGCUUUUUAUUUGCUUGAUGUUAAAACAUGUUGCUAGGGGUGCAUUUUGUAAUUGUUUUAAUCAGUGAAAUAUCAGAGGUGGUAUACAUUUCUUUGAAGGUUAAAGAUAAAAUACUAUGUAAAAGACAAACUGUCAUUAUUUGGUGCUAAUCUGGUUUACUCCAAAUCUGAGUCAGAGCCAGUUUAGGCCUGCCGUUGUUGGUCUACUUUGAGUUUUUGGUAUUGCUACUGUUCUAUAGCACAGUUUUGACUGAAACAGCGCUUUUCUUUUGUUGUCACAGUAUUUCAAAGAUCGGUUUGGCUGAAGAGAGUUUGAAAAAAUAAAAGCACUUUUUCUGCCCCGAUCUUUUAUUGAAGCCUCCUAAAGUUGUUUAAACACUCCACAGUCAUGUUUUUCAGAUACUUGAAAUGUGUCAGACAGAAUCAGUGUUCGAUUUGUGACACUAGCAAAUCAACAGUUACUUUCUAUUAUACAGUAUGUGCUUUGUUAUAUUAAGUGCAGUUUGUUAUAACGACGACAACACCAACAACUUUUUAGGCUUUCACGAAUUGUAUUAUUGUAAAUGUAGUUGCGUGUACAUACUCAAAAUCGAUGAUCCCAUUUGUUGUGUGGUUUAUACAUUAUGUUAAUUCAUACAUGAAUAUUAAUUGGAUUUCGAAAUGGUUGAUAUUUCAGCUUUUAAUUAAAGAACAUGUAUACCGAUUGAAACCUUGUGUAGUGCAAGGCAGUGUUUAAAGUGCACAAAAUGUGUAUGUUCAUGUGUUAUGGUAUAAUGCUCUGUCUGUAACUUGCAAAGCACAUAGUUGCGUAUUGUAUGCUGUGAUAAUGAAGGGCAUCGGCUGGAAUUUAGAGGUUUUCUGUAUGCAUAGGUGCAUUCACCAAGUUCAAAUUUAUCCAGACCAGUAUGUAAAUAAAAUACAUUUGACUGAUA